GUAUGUUUAAGACGCAUGUGUUCUGUCUUUAAAUCAUCGCUUCCCAUCUCCGAGACUUGAGCACACAAAGACAGAGAGUUCUUUUUGCUUCAUCCUCGAGUUUCCUUCUAUUCCAGGAGGUGAGAAAGAAGAAGAAGAAGAUGGCGUUUGUGACAACGGCGGAAGUUUGUGACGCGAAUCAAGAUCUGAUCCGUAGUGGCCAGCUCAGAGCUCUGCAACCCUCUUUCCAGAUUUACGGUCGUCGUCAGAUAUUCUCAGGUCCUGUAGUUACGGUCAAAGUGUUCGAAGACAAUGGUUUGAUCCGUCAGUUUCUCGAAGAGAAAGGCAAUGGAAGAGUUCUUGUGGUGGAUGGUGGAGGAAGCUUACGUUGUGCCAUACUCGGAGGAAACCCAGUAGUACAAGCUCAGAACAACGGAUGGGCGGGGAUCAUAGUGAACGGUUGCAUAAGAGACGUUGAUGAGAUCAACGGUUGCGACAUUGGAGUGAGAGCAUUAGCUUCUCAUCCUAUAAAGGCUAGUAAGAAAGGACUUGGUGAACAGAGAGUCCCACUCAACAUAGCUGGCACUAGGAUCUGCGAUGGCGAAUGGCUUUACGCAGAUACUGAUGGUAUCCUUGUCUCUCAGGUCGAAUUAUCGGUUUAGAACACAAAGUAAUGGAGGAGCUUUGUCUUCUUCUUUGAAGGGAUACGUUUUGAGUUUGUGGCGUUAAUAAAGUAAAUGUUUUUCGUUGUUUGUAUAAUCUUCGGUGUCAUGGCGUGGUGUAACGUUUGUGAAAUAAAAUGGUUCGUUAUACAUUGUGCAUGUGUCAGGUCCGGACACAUUUAUCCAGAA